CGCGUUUCCUCCUUAUUCCCAUUUUGCACCCAUAAACACACUCGAGAUUUAUAUUGCUCACACAUAAUGAUCAACCUCAGCCUCUUCAACCAGCCACCUGGUGAAUCAUGGGCCGACAUGAUGGAGGAAGAGGACGAGGAUGAUGAUAAAGUGAACAACUCGUCGCCCGGCCAAGGUGUAAAUGACGAGAUUGGUGAAAGCAUCGGCGGCAGUACUACAACUGAAACCGAAAAGACUACAGAUGCAUCGUUGAACGAGCUCGUAGAAGAUAAAAACUUCCAAGACGUUAAAGAGGAAAGCAAAAUCAUUACUGUUUCCAAUGACAACAAAAAGGAGCAAGCUGACAGAAAGUCGCCAGAGCCUGUUCAAAAGGGAAAGGCAAAUACUUCUGGCAUCGUCUGGCGGUUACCCACUAAGGUGCAAAAAGAGCGGCAAGAGGAGUAUAUGCGACAACUCGUAGAGCGACGACAAAACAGUGAGAACUCGGAUAAUUGGCGAAGAAAAGACGACGGUCCAUCGUCAUGGCGCAGUAGCCGAGUAUAUAAACCACCAGAGAAGAACAACUCCCAACAGUGGCACACCUAUUCUGAAGUUUUGCAACAGGAGUAUGAAGAGGAACGCGAGGAAGCGAAACGUGAGUUUAUUCGGCGAUUUGGCAGUGCACCUGGUGAAGAACCCGAAGAAUCAUCACUGUCACAACCAUCACCAGCGGUACGGCCAACACAGACGUCAAUUAACAUCACUGCGGACGGACCAAGCGACUGGGCGGAUGAUGUACCGACAUCAGACGAGGAAGGAGAGGAAGAUGACGAUGUAGUAGAGGAACGGGUGGAAAGACCAAUAAUCGAAGAAGAGAAGGAGACUACGGAGCCCUCGCCAGAACCCGUCCAGACAGUUUCCAUCCAUAACGUAUCGCUACCAGACGAAUUCGAAUCUGAGGAAACGCAAGAGGCCGCACCCGCAAUAGCGUCAGUAGCAAGUCAAGAUGAAACAACGCAGAAGCAAAACCCGUUGGCUGAUCUUAAUGGCGAACAGAUCAAUCGCCCUUCAGCAGCUUCAACGUCGCCUACACAACAAGAGCCAGCAUCUGGCGGCCCAAGCUUAUGGACCGCUUUUGCAGAAAAAGAAUCUACUAAUUCUCCAUCCCCUUCAUGUCCUACAGUGUCGACGUUAACGCUUACGCCGGAAAAACAGACGAUCGAACCCUCACAAGAUGAAAAGACAGGCAUUAGCCCAACCAUUGCUGUGCAAGAGGAUCGAACAGCCAGUCCUACAGUGUCGAUGUUAACGCUUACGCCGGAAAAACAGACGAUCGAACCCUCACAAGAUGAGAAGACAGGCAUUAGUCCAACCAUUGUGAUGCAAGAGGAUCGAACAGCCAACUGGAUCGCGUUUGCCGAGCAAUCCUCCUGCAAGCCAUUAUCAUCGACACAGAGAUCGAAUGAAACCUCCGAACGCAGUUGGUCCAGCAGUACUCAUACGAGUCCGGUACAGCAACACGAACAGCAUCAGCACCAUGCACAGCAACAGAAUUUUGAACAGCCACGUCGAACGCAAAUCGACCAAACCAAGUCCCACCCGACUAGAGAAACACUAGCAAAAUCACCGCGCGUGAUGAUACUGAAUCAUUUGUUUAAAGACAACAAACAAAAAGCACUAGAUUUACCGCCGUCGACCACGGAUUCGAGCCCACAUUUAGCGCCAACAGUGACUAUCUCCCCAGAGCAACCUCGGGAAGAAACUUCUACAUCAGUCAAUGGCGCGCAACGAUGGAGCGAUUUUGCCGAUCAGCAAAAGAAAACAAGGACACCAGCAGCCUCAAGCAUGACAAAAAAAGAUGACGAUAAGGACGUGGAUAGCCAUAGUAGUCCACGAAGUGAAGCCUUUGAAGAUGAUAGCUGGCGGGCAGCUGCGACAUGGGAUACCCCAGCUGCUAGAACUAGUGUCAAUGGAGAUGACGCUUGCAGCCAUACCAGCAGUAACAAUGAUACCAAACAACUUGUGGUGAAUGACAAUGGCUGGCGUACCAAUGCUAACGAAGACGCAAGAAGUCAUAACAGUCGAAAAAGUGAUACCAAGGCGUCCGUGGGGAGCGACACAGGACGUGCAUCGGCUGCAUGGAUUGCUGCAAGUGCUCAUAGAGACGACGACGAUGCUCGAAGCCAUUCCAGUCGAAAGAGCAAUACCAAGCAGGCAGUGGACGGGAAUAAUAGUUGGCGCGCUGGUGCAACCUGGAAUCCAAUUACUGUUAAUGCUGAUGAAGAAUCAAGGAGCCACAGUAGUCGAAAGAGCGACGUGAAGUCAUCGACGGAAAGUGAUACGGGACGUGCAUCAGCUGCGUGGAUUGCUGUCGCUGUUUCUAAGGACGAUGAUACUCGAAGCAAUUCCAGUCCUAAAGUUGAUGCCAAACAACUUGUGGUGAAUGACAAUAGCUGGUGUGCUAGUGCUGACGAAGACGCAAGAAGUCAUAGCAGUCGAAGAAGUGAUAUCAAGGCGUCCGUGGGGAGCGACACAGGACGUGCAUCGGCUGCGUGGAUCGCUGCAGGUGCCUCCAAAGCCGAUGGCGCUCGAAGCCAUUCUAGUCAAAGGAGCAAUACUACAAAGGCUGAGGAAGAUAAUAGCUGGCGUGCUGAUGCGAAGACCGAUAUAAUACAACCGGUGGAAAGCGACAUAGGACGGGCGGUAGCUGCUUGGGUUACUACAACAGUUGCCAAUGACGAUGACACUCAAAGUCAUUCUAGCCAUCAGAGGAGCGAUACCAAGCAGGUGGUAGAUGAUGAUGAUAGCUGGCGCGCUGGUUUAACGUGGAAUACAACUACUGCCAAUGCCGAUGAAGAUGCAAGGAGUCACAGCAGUCAAAAGAGCAACGUCAAGUCAUCGAUAAGGAGUGACACAGAACAAGCAUCAGCAGCGUGGAUUGCUGCAGGUGUUUCUAAAGGCGACGAUACUGCAAGUCAUUCUAGCCAAAGGAACGAUACAAAGCAGACGCUGCAUGGAUCAGAGCAGGCAGUAAUGACGGCAACGGAAGAAACCAUAGCAAUGUAUUAAGCAGUGCCAGACAACGGCGUAUAUGACAUUGUCGAUGCAUAUAUUAGUAACAACUUGGUGCACCAAUGGAAUCAAGGUAAAUAUCAGCAACGACUGUAAGGUACGACUUAACGA